AUGAAACAAGAUUACGUCCGUCUAAAACUCCUCGCCUUCAUAUUUGAUGUGCCAAGUCAUGUCAAACAGGAGAAAGUUGAUCCGAGUGACCAUUUGAGACGUCUAGCUAAACCAUACCCACAAAUUCUACUCGAUCCUGGUUAUACAUUCACAGUCAUGGUUGAUUACUUUCCCCUCAAAAUACUUGAAAAAAUAUGUGAACCAUUCCAGGCCGCUUCGAGAACAUCCAACGAACAUGUACCGACUAGCAUUUUCGUUGUGAAUGAUGUUGGAACUAUGGUAAACCGACCCGGUCAUGAUCGGCUACUGCAGCUUUUCUUCCAGAUUACAGCUUCAUUAGGGCUGCCAACGCUCACUUGGAUGCCAAAUAGGGUCGGCACAUUUGAGGUGAGUUCAGUUCUAUUAUUAUAA